AUGGCAAGGCAUGGGAUGCGAUGGGUAGCGGCAUUUGGCCUACAGGGUGAUGCUCUUACAGCUCAACGCGAGCGGUACGAACGUUUGAAGCAGCACAUGGUUUUUCAGAUAGAUGCCGCUGGCAGUAACGACCCACUGACCGCCUUAACGGCUACUAAGAAUUCGGCCUUAGGACGCUCUUCAAGCUGGAGUCAAUACUUUUCAGACGAAACGCUAAUUGAAGAGAUCAAUACGGACUUAGACCGGCUGUUUCCGGCUGGUAAUGAGAACUUUUUCCAAAAUCCAUUAUAUUUGAGUACGCUGCGCCACGUACUAUUUGUGUGGUGCCGACUGCACCCGGACGUGGCCUACCGUCAAGGCAUGCACGAUGUGGUAGCCGUAGUACUCUAUGCCUUCCAUCGUGUUCCUGAUGAGGAAAAAAACGAAACUGACCAAGUAAAAAAGCUGCCGGAGCAUGCCGAAGCAGACAUCUUCGUGGUGUUUGAGGCAAUCAUGCUAUUUCUUAAACCAUUCUUUGAAAUCGUUAAAACGAUACAAGAUUCUUCAAAUGACGACAGCCGAUUAUUUGAAAGUUAUUCGCUGGAAAAUAUGGAAAGUGGCAAUGAAUUCGACCAGGAAGCCCGAGAGAAACAGCCAGCUUUGCAUCGAUUAUGUCAACAUAUUCAAUAUGAAUUGUUACAGGAAAAGGACCCUCAAUUGUAUUACCACCUUCAAAACCUAGAAAUUGUACCAGAAACAUACUGCUUAAGAUGGGUGCGGUUGCUCUUCGCACGCGAGUACGAGCUAAACGAGGUUUUAUCGAUUUGGGAUGCAAUGAUCAUGGAUAAUCGCAUGGCGAUUAAGUUCCCAGUUAUUAAUAUGACUGACAAGUCCGACAGUGACUUGUUGCAGCAACCAAAACUGAUUAGUACAAACGAAGAUCCUGAUUGGAUGGGCUUUCCACUACUUCGUUAUAUAUGUGUGGCAAAACUGCUUCUUAUGUCAUCUCAAUUGCGUCAGUCGGAUAGCACUGGCUGUUUACGUCUCCUGAUGCGUGCCUACCAAAGUGGAAAGACUGACGUGAUUGCUUUGGAUGAACGGAAUUCUUCUACAGAACUGAUAAAGUUUGCCAGGAUAUUACAAGAUCCAAUGAUCGAGGAAAUACAGCAAAGUGACGGUGACGAAUUGGGAGAGGGGUCGGAAAGAAACGCAACGUCCUUAAAUGUUGUCCAAUUUCAGGCAGGCCCGCUUGGCAUUGUUUUGGCUGCCGCAGGGCCUCCUUAUAAAAAUCGUCUUGUCGUGAAAUCAUUUCGAGAAGAUCCAGUCAAAUGCGACGAAAUCGGCCAAGCCGAAGCUAGUGGAAAAGUGCAUUUGGGGGACAUUCUGCAGUCAAUUAAUGGUGUACCUAUUGUAGGUGUGACAACAGAAGAAGUUAAGCGUCGUCUUCAACUCGUUAGCCGCCCUGUAUACAUGGGCUUUAGCCACUGCGGUGGUAUAUUUCGAGAACAUGAUACGAACAGCUUAGAUACUUCUGAAGCUGUAGAACUUGCGGACGCUACCCGAGCUAUACCUAAAUCAGAUACUGCUAUGUCCACGCUGAUUCAGUUUAACUUUUUACCCGGAGAAAUGUGCUACGUUGAUGUUAAAUCAAGUAUACAGCGACUGGUACUUUCUCACGAUGGAUCAUGCCUGUCCAGCUACAUCAGCGGGGAAUUGUUCAUCACGAACUACCGCUGUCUUUUUAAGCGUCUAAUAGAUAACGGAGAAAUCGAUUGGCAAAUCCCUGUACUCUCUAUUGUUACAGUGGAAGGUGUUGAGCCUCGUGCGACUUCUAUAAUGACAGGUCCUGUCGCAUUGCUGGAAAAUAUGCAAUCUACUCGUAAUAUUGCCCCGAACAUUUCAUAUAAGGUCGUAAUUCGCUGCAAGGACACACAGGUAGCGCGGCUCUCCAUCGCGGACUAUAGCGAUUACAGUAAGCUACUCAAAUGCUUAAAUUUUGUGGCAUUUCCAAAAAGUUUGCUGGAUGCUUUCUGCUUUUCGUAUUCUCCUUCUGUGGCGCCAUCCGAAGAAGUGCAAUUUGACAUUCGCCAUGAAUAUGGACGAAUUGGGUUGCUAUCAUAUCCAGAACAUCUGCGCUGUAUCGACCAGUCCCCGGAGUAUACACUGUGCGAUACGUAUCCCCGUCACCUUGUAGUGCCUGCAGAAAUUUCGGAUGUCUCCCUCAAGACAGCAGCUGCAUUUCGAUCCCACAAAAGACUACCAGUUGUGAGUUGGAUUCAUCGCAUUAAUGGAGCCACUAUCGUCCGUUCAAGUCAACCGCUUGUCGGCUUAAAAUCUGUACGUAAUGGGGAAGAUGAGCUGCUUGUUCGAUUGCUAUGUUGUUCAAGCAACAAGAAAGCACUUGGACGAUAUGUGAUUAUGGAUGCACGUAGCCAGCUAGCUGCGGUAGGAAAUAAGGCUUUAGGAAAAGGAACUGAAAUUUCGAGCAACUACCGCGGAUCAAAGCUUCACUUUAUGAAUGUUGAUAAUAUUCAUUCUGUACGGCAAUCUCAACUUGCUCUGGCAGCACUUUUUGAGCCUAAAAAAAGUUCGAAGGAGGAAUCUUCCAGCAGCUUUUAUGGACGAAUCGACAGUUCUGGUUGGUUACGUCAUGUGCGUUUAGUUUUAAAAGCAUCCGUCGAGCUGGCGCAUACGGUAAAUAAUGGCAUGUCGGUGUUAACGCACUGCAGCGAUGGCUGGGAUCGGACAGCUCAGAUGGUCGCUUUGGCUGAGCUGAUGCUAGAUCCAUACUACCGAACUCUACGUGGGUUUCAGGUUCUUGUCGAAAAAGAAUGGUGUGCGUUUGGACACCAAUUUGCUCUCCGAAGCGGUCAUGCUCGAAGUGACAUCUCAAAUGAACAGCGUUCGCCUGUGUUUCUGCUCUGGCUGGAUUGCGUCUGGCAAUAUAUUCGCCAAUAUCCGACAGCAUGCGAGUUCAACGAGAACUUUCUCAUAACCCUCGCCGACCACAUCUACUCAUGUAAAUUUGGCACAUUCAUGUUCGAUUGCGAACGUCAGCGAAAGGACUUUUUCGCUAAGCACCGGGUGAUUUCGAUCUGGAGCGAAAUUAACGGACAGAGCAACCAAUUUAUAAACCAAAUGUACACACCGAGUGAACAAGGCACGUUGCUAUCCCCAAGCUCUCUCUCCAAGAACAUUAAGCUUUGGAAGGGCUACUUUUGCCGCUGGGAUCCAACCAUCAUACCGCCUACGCCUGCUUUUCAGUGUUACUAA